AACAUCCAUUUAAUCAUAAAAUUGAAAUUUUUAUUCCUGAUUUUAAUGAUUUUAAUGAUAAAUCAAAAGAAAUCAAAGAAUUAUUUUUAGGAAAAUUGAAAGAAGAAAAGGAAGAAUGGUUUUAUUAUAAAGUUGAUGAUUUGAAAUUGUCUUAUUUCUUGGAAAAAAAUUUUAUUGAUAAUUAUUUGAAAAAAGGAAGUCUUGUUGCUUUAAGUGUAUGUGAAGAAGGUAUUGAUAUAACAAAUGUUGUUGCAAUUGAUGGAACAGAUAAAUAUGAAGAACUUGGAUUACCAGGGAAAAAAACAAAAUUUAAAAAUAUUCAAAAAUUUGAAUGUCGAACAAAAUUCAAGGAAGAUUUAGAAUGUUCCAAGAAUCAAAAUUUGGUUGAUGCAUUAAAAAGCAUUAUACCUACUUACGGUCUCUAA